AUGGACAAUCAGCUGCUGGGGACCCCAGAGGAUUUAGAGGACACAGCCCUGCCCUUCACACCACCCCUGGCUACAAGCCCCUUUGCUCGGGACCCUACCCAGUGUCCCCUCAAGGGCUGUGACGAUGAAUCCCUGAGCAUCUGGAUGGUCCGCUGGACACUGGGGGACCAGGAGGUUCAGGGGUCCCUGUUCCUGCCCACCUGCCUGCUGUGCCUCUCCAUCGCCACCACAGUGGGGGGCUCAGCAGCCGUCCCAGAGGUGGUCUGCAAAGCCAGAGGCUGUGCCUCAUCCCUUUCCUCCCUGCCUCGGAGCUGCAGCGAAAUCUGAAAGGAACACCCCAGCGCACAGGAUGGGCUGUACCUGCUCCGCACGGAGAAGGGGCUCGUCUACCAGAACUUCUGUGACAUGACCACGAACGGGGGCGGCUGGACGCUGGUGGCCAGUGUGCACGAGAACUACCUGGCGGGAAAGUGCACGGCGGGGGACCGCUGGUCCAGCCAGCAGGGCAACCGGGCCGACUACCCGGAGGGGGAUGGCAACUGGGCCAACUACAACACCUUCGGGUCCGCAGAGGCGGCCACCAGUGAUGACUACAAGAACCCCGGCUACUACGACAUCCAGGCCCUGGACCUGGGCAUCUGGCAUGUGCCCAACAAGACGCCCCUGGACUCCUGGAGGAACAGCUCCCUGCUGAGGUACCACACCUUCUCGGGCUUCUUCCAGAGACUCGGACACAAUCUCUUUGGCCUCUACCAGAGCUACCCAGUGAAAUACGGCAUCGGCAAGUGUUGGACGGACAAUGGCCCAGCCAUUCCUGUGGAGUAUGACUACGGAGACGCCCAAAAGACCGCCUCGUACUACUCCCCGCAGGGCCAGAAGGAGUUUGAGGCCGGGUUCAUCCAGUUCCGGGUGUUCAAUAACGAGAAAGCAGCCAACGCUCUGUGUGCCGGGAUGAGAGUCACAGGAUGCAACACAGAAUAUCACUGCAUCGGGGGAGGAGGCUACUUCCCGGAGGGGGUCAGGCAGUGCGGGGACUUCUCUGCUUUUGACUGGAAUGGAUACGGGACCCACUACUGGUACAGCAGCAGCCGGGAGAUCACGGAGGCGGCCGUGCUGCUGUUCUACCGCUGA